GGAAGCCAAGCAGAAGUGGCUCGGGCGGCUCUAUCCUCUCAGGAAGUCACUGCGGGAGCGAGGGCUGUGCCCGGGAGCCGGGCUCGAGGGGUCUGCCAGCCCCGGACCGGGCAGCUGCACACAGCUGGAGCACAGCUGGAGCACAGCUGGAGCACAGCUGGAGCACAGCUGGAGCAGCGAGGGCUCCUCCGGCAGCAGCGGGCGCCGGACGGGGCUGAGCUGAGCGCUCGGAGCCUUUGGCACCUCAGCGCGGGCUUUGGCAGCAGCUGGAGGAAGGAGCGGAGCAAGGAACCGUUCGGGUGUGAGCUGGCCGUGAGUCACCGCCCAAAGCCACAAGCCCAGCCGGGGCUGCUGCUGCCCGCGGCGAGGGGCGCUCGCUGCAGGUGCCGGGCACAGCGCGGCUCGGGAGGGCGGUGCGGCCCCGGGAUGGCACGGACAGUUUUUAGGUUGUUCACCAUGAGUGUGGCUGUGCUCCUGCUGCUGGGGCUGCAGAUGGCUGCAGAAGGCAGGAGGAACAGAUGUUUCUUCAACCGCACCCAGGAGUCCUGUGUGUGCUACAGCCUGUCCGAGGAGACGGCCAGCAGCAUCAUCCAGUGCCUCCCAGCCACUGUGGUGGAGUUUUGGGGUGGAGAUCUGGAGAAAUACGCAGCCUUGCCCAUCAGGGACCUGGAUGACUCUGUCAUUGACACUCUGGGCUCCCUCAUCAUCCAGAAAAUCAUUAUUGGAAAUGUCCUGGUGCCUGAGAUGCUCCUGGCCCGUGUGCUGAGGUUCUUCUCCUACACCCACGUGCAGGAGCUGGCCUUUGAGAGCUGCAUUUUCCAGGGCACAGGUGACUGGAGUGACAUGGAGGGGCAGGACUUGCCCAUCCUGUCCCUGAGCUUCCACAACGUGACCUGUGCCCCUCUGACGGGCAGUGAGCCGGCCUUCUCCAGCCUGGGCAGGUGGCUGGGGACCCUGGAGGAGCUGGCUGUCACCGGCUCCCGUGUCACCAGCCUGCCCUGUGCCAUCGGGAGGCUGCUCAGAGCCCUGCACUCCCUGAACCUGGCACACAACAGCCUUGGGGAUGAAAACCUGGCUCCUGCCUUCUGCCAGGGAGCUUUGCCUCGGCUCCAGCAGCUGAGUCUGCACCACAACAACCUGAGCUCCUACCACGGCGUGUGUGAGGGCCUGGGGCUGCUGCCACAGCUCCGGCACCUGGAUCUCAGCCACAACCAGCUCGUGGCAGACCCAUCCUCCUCCUGCCAGUGGCCACCAUCCCUCCAGCACUUCAACCUGUCCAACACCGGCUUGGAUGAAGUGCCAGCACCGCUGCCUCCCCACCUCGAGGUGCUGGACAUGAGCCACAACCACCUCCACGCUGUGGACAUCUCCCUCAGCUCCAUGAAGAAGCUCUUCCUGAGCCAAAACCUGCUGCAGGCCGUGCCCUCUAUCAGGAAUUACCCCAUGCUGGACACCCUCCACCUGGACAACAACUCCAUUUCAGAGCUGCCCAGGGCUGAGGUGAAGCUCCUGGGGCGGCUGCAGGACGUGGCUGUGGCUGGGAACCCCUUCAGCUGCUCCUGCUCCGGGGCCGGGGGGCUGCAGGCGCUGGCGGCCACGGGGCACCUGGGGCAGGGCUGGCCCGGGGACUACAGGUGCCACUCCCCGGCGCAGUACCAGGGCUGGCAGGUGGCACAGGUGCCCGUGUCCGUGCUGCACUGUGACCCUGCCGCCGUGGUGGCCCCGCUCUGCGUGGCCCUGGCCCUGCUGGGUGUGGCUGGGGCCGUGUGGCUGGCCAGGAGCAGGUCCUGCCGCAGAGCCUGAGGGGCACCAGGACCCUGCCAGCAGUGCUGCCCCUCUGGGGCUCCUGUUCUGCUGAGGGGCUCUUGCUGUGCCCACAGGGGCUCCCCAGGGGAGCAGGGCUGUCCACAGGGUUUUCCUGCUGUGCCUGCAUUGUGGCAGAGUCCCUGAGUGGGGAAUAAUGAGCAUUGACUUCAUGCUUGCAGAAGGCUGGUCAACCUCUUCAUUCUACUCUAUUACACUAUACUAAUAAGAAAAACCCCAUUGCCCAUGCAGACAAUCUGAUUUAGCUUUGACCUAAUUGGUUAAUCAAUCCAAACACCAUCACCAGUGGCCAGUAAAGGAUUCACCCUUUGGUAAACAAUCUCCAUAACACAUUCCACAUGUGCACAACAACAGGUGCAGCAAGUGGAGAUAAGAAUUGUUUCUCAUUCUUUUCUCACAGCUUCCCCAGAGAAUCCUGAGAUCUCCCCUUGUCUCUCUCUGUUCAGAGGACAUGUGAUUACCACAUGCCUGUGCCCAGCAGGUCCUGGGGCACCCCUCACCUCCAGCCCCGUGCCAUGCUCUGACCCACAGCCACCCCUUCCCUCUGGGGAUGUCCCUGUGGCCAACUCCAGCUCCCCAAGCCCAGCAUGCCCCGCUGGCCCUGCCGUGUCCCCAGCCCUGGACAAGCUCAGCUCCAUCAGAUCUCAGUGGCAGCACUCAGAUGUCCCCAGCCUGGUGCCUCCUCAGAGCCCCCCACAGCUUUCAGCCCCUCCAGUCCAGGCAUCCUUGGAGCCUCCAUGGCCCCUGUGCUGAUCCUCCCUCUCCUCCCCCUGGGCCAGGAUGCCAGGUUUGGCAGGAUGCUGCUUGGCUGCUCUCAUGCCUAGGGAAAAACCCCAAAUCCAGGAAAAAGAGGAAAAUUACUAAAUUAAACAUCCUGCACACAAA